GCGCAGGUUAUAAAAAGUUACGCCGCGCCCAUUUUUGUCAGAUUAAUAACCAAAAACAAAAGAGCAGACUAAAUGUUGCAGAGAGAUUUGGAUUCUGUCUUUGUUGAAAUUCGCUCCUUUCAACUCUCCAUUAACCUUUGAUCUUCUGAAUUUUGUUCUACUCACUUUUUUCCUACAUCUACUAUUUCAAUUCUUUGUUGAAUCUCGUGUCAAUUUGAAAAAGAUUUGAUUUUCAACGAGUUCAACUAUCCAUGUCGUCAGAUAUUAGCUAGACUUCUCUGCCAUAUUUUCCGCCGUCUGUAGUUUUUCACUUGAUCUUCAACUACUCGAAAAUAUUCUCGUUCUAAUCCAAAGAAAAGAUGGCUAAAUGCAGUAACGUCUUCAACGGACUUAAUUGCGACGAGAGUUUCAUGAUUGAUCUCUCGAGUUUGAUCUUGUAAUUGGCAUCUGCGACCAAACCAUUUGAAAGAUCUUUUUUUUUUCUGUUUUUGUUAUUGGGAGUAGAGGAAUGGGAACGGAUAGUUUGUUACUGCCAACGGUUGGACCUCCAAUUAAACCGCGAGCGGGGUUGAGGAGAAAACAGGCUGGAAGAGGCUCUUACAGAGGAAGCUAGGGGCUUUAUUGCGAACAAAAAAUAGGUUGGGGGUGAUUUUGAUUGAAAAUUUGUUGCUUUUAGUUGGAGUUUGGGGAGGGGGAGUUUGAACAAAAUAAAAAGUUGGGUUUCUUUUUUUUCUUUGAGGAGAGAUAGGGAUGGGUAGCAGUACAACUAGCAGUGGAUUGUACCAGAUACUCAGAAGUCUCUGUCUCAAUACUGAGUGGAAAUACGCCGUUUUUUGGAAGCUUAAGCAUCGAGCUCGAAUGGUGCUGACUUUGGAGGAUGCAUACUACGACAAUCAUGACCAACGUGAUCCUUCUGAGAAUAACUGUUUCCGAGAUACAUUACAAAACUUGCACACAGGAUGUUAUUCACAUGACCCCCUUGGUUUAGCAGUGGCAAAUAUGUCUUAUCAUGUAUAUUCGCUAGGGGAAGGGAUUGUUGGACAGGUGGCAGUUUCUGGAAAGCAUCAGUGGAUAUUUGCGGAUGAGCAUGUUAACAGCUCCUGUUCAUCAUUUGAGUUCUGUGAUGGUUGGCAAAGUCAAUUUGAAGCAGGGAUCAGGACCAUUGUUGUUGUUGCUGUUGUUCCACAGGGAGUUGUGCAGCUUGGCUCCUUAAAUAAAGUAUUUGAGGAUGUGAAGCUUGUGAGUCACAUCAGAGAUGUAUUUUUUGCUCUUCAAGAUUCUUCUGUAGGGCAUAUUGCCAAGCCUAUAGAAUGUAGCAUGAAGAGUUCAGUUUUUGAGCCCAGAUUACAUACAAAACUAUUAGAUUCAGAAAUUAUUUCUUUAGAUAAAGCUGUAGACAAAGAAGGGCCAGAUUUUUUGUUGCCUGAGUUUUCACUUCACCAAAAAUGCAGUGAUAGUUCAUUUGUUUUUCCACUGUCCAGUAAUCCUCAGAAAGGGCUUGAGCUAUCCGCAGCAGGGCGUGAUGAGAGUGCUAAAUUGCUGACACCAAGAUCAAAUGUUUCCAACUUGGAGCAUCUAAAUCAGUUGGGGAGGAAUCUGAUAAACAAUGUGGUAUGCAAAGGGGAGAGUAGUGGGUGGAAAAGUGCACGAAUAGGACCAGAAAAUGUUUACACAAGCCAUCCUGUUGUGGGUAGUACAAAUUUAUUUAAUGUUACAAUUCAAGCUGAACAGUCUGGAGCUGAACGUACAUGCGGCUCAAACUUCCUUCAACCUGCAAUUAGUGAUACUGUUAAGUUGGGUGGUUUGAAUUCUUAUCAAAAUGAAGUGUUGGACAUUCCUGAAUCUUCAGAUGUAAAAUUUCAAAAGGACCUGAAGUUUGGGAAUCUAAAUGAUUUAAGUGACUUGGACUCUAUAAACACUUCCUCAAAGUUUUCUGCUGGUUAUGAGCUUUUCGAAGCACUUGGACCAGCUUUUCUGAGAAAGAGUAUCUAUACUGAUUGGCAGGUAGAGAAAACAGAAGCUGGAAUUGAAAUGCUAGAGGGGAUGAGCAGCAGCCAAUUAACUUUCGAAUCUGGUUCAGAGAAUCUCCUAGAAGCUGUAGUGGCAAAUGUUUGCCAUAGCGGCAGUGAUAUCAAAUGUGAGAGAUCAUUUUGCAGAUCAGCACCAUCAUUGGUGACUACUGUAAAUACACCUGAGCUUUCAAGCCAAACAAAUUUUACUAUUAAUUCAGCAGGUUAUUCAAUUAAUCAGUCUUCUCUAGUGGAAAAUAACACACAGCAAUUCCUGAAUUCGUCAAAGUUAUGUGGUGCAAUUUCUUCAAAUGGGUUUUCUUCUGCUGGCCCUAGCAACUGCAGUGAGCAGUUAGAGAGGUCUUCAGAGCCAGCUAAGAACAAUAAAAAGAGGGCUAGACCUGGUGAAAAUCCCAGGCCUAGGCCAAGGGACAGACAACUCAUUCAAGAUCGUAUUAAGGAGCUAAGGGAGCUUGUGCCAAAUGGAGCAAAGUGCAGUAUUGAUUCAUUGCUGGAGCGCACAAUCAAGCACAUGGUCUUUCUGCAAGGCAUCACAAAGCAUGCUGACAAGCUCAGUAAAUGUGCUGAAUCAAAGAUGCAUCACAAGGGAGCUGGCAUGCUUGGAUCAUCCAAUUAUGAACAAGGUUCAAGCUGGGCAGUGGAAGUGGGAAGCCAUCUAAAAGUUUGCUCAAUAGUAGUGGAGAAUAUAAACAAAAAUGGGCAGAUGCUUGUAGAGCUGUUGUGUGAGGAAUGUAGUCAUUUUCUUGAGAUAGCGGAGGCCAUCAGGAGCUUGGGCCUUACAAUUUUAAAGGGGGUUACAGAAGCACAUGGUGAGAAGACUUGGAUAUGUUUCGUGGUUGAGGGACAGAACAGAGUUAUGCAUAGAAUGGAUAUCUUAUGGUCGCUUGUGCAAAUUCUGCAAUCCAAGGCUACAAGCUAGCUGCAAUGGCUUGUCAACUCUUGGAAGUAGUAACAUUGGCUGUUAGUGUAACAUAUUGUGCGUGUUUUGAGAUUUUAGAUUGGCUUUAUGGUUUUUGGACCUAGUCUUUGCCCUCCAGCCCCUAAAAGAAUAUCUAAAUUAGGGGAAAAGAAGAGAAGGCAUACUUACGAAACAUUUACUGAAGAUUAUUUUUGCUUUUGUUCUUCAUGGUUUGUGGAAAUGCCAUCUACCAUUUUCUUUUCUCCUUUCCCAAUUUAUAUUAGACAUCAUCAGCUAUUUGCAAGUUCUGAUAA